CUGACUGACGUUGUUGCAUGCUGACCUAGGCUGGGUAAACACUCAUUGGGCCCGACACCUGAGCCAUGGGGUUUCGCUGCUCUCGCAAAGAGACGCCUUUGUCGCGCCAUGCAACGUAUUUGCAGAACGAGGCGCAGGCGGAGGCUGCUACGUCUUUUCCGAUGUUCACAGUGCGGUUGGAGGAUGCGCUCCAGAUGAGCUGUGUGGAACCACAUGAAAGGCUGAAGGAAAAGGGUCUGCUGGUGGAGUUCAAGGAGAGCUUGGGCAAGGCAGUGUUCGUCUCUCACCAGUGGGCCGAGAAGGAUCAUCCAGAUCCUACUUCCGCGCAGUUCAGAGUUUUUCAAGAUGCAAUGAAGAACAUCUUGUCUGGCCGUCUCGACCGUAUAGAAUUGGACAAUCUUACUGAGAUUGUCUUGCCAGAAACCAAGCCCCUGCGAACACAAGAGUUGCGAUCUGCAAAGCUGUUUAUGUGGUACGACUACUUUUCAGGCCCACAGCACUCAAAGGGCUCGGAGAGCGACCUUGCCAAAGCUAUCGCGAGCAUCCACGCGUAUGUUGCGAAGUGCUCCUUUUUUUGUGCGCUUUGCCCCUUCCUGGAAGACCCAGUCACAGCAAAAGUCCUUAGCUUUUCUAGCUGGGCGGAGCGUGGUUGGUGUCGUUUGGAGAGAACCAUUUGUGAGCUUUCUGAGGGCUCUUGGAUUGUAAUCAAAAGCGUGCAACGUUUAGAGCUCGUGGUCGGGUCCCAGUCUCUCAGCAGCCCAAUAUGCGAAGGAGAGUUUGCGGUAGCCAGUGACAAGCUCGGAUUUGGACCAGUACUUUUAGCUGCCCUCAGGCGCAGAAUGCGACAAGCUUUGAGCAGACGUGAUUUCGUGACAUAUCGGGUAGUGAGAAGCCUGCAGAGCGUUUAUUUGCGAGGUCUGGCUACUGAGUUGGAGAUGGAUGAUGUGCCCGGUUUUGUCCCGAGCUGCAAUGAAGAUUCUGCCUCAACCGUAGAGCGGUUUUUGUACCAAAAUGGUUUCUGGAACCUCCAUGAAGUAGACAGUGCUGGUUUCCUGCCCCUGCACUAUGCUGCUUUGGGUGGUCAGCCAGAGUUGAUCAAAGCCAUGUUGGAUCAGCGAGCAGAUCCCAGGAAGACCGCGCGGAAAGGGCAACCUCUGCUGAAAACGCCACCAGGAGUGUCAGCACUUGGGCUUGCUCUCUUGUGUGGGCACAACAAUGCUGCCAGUCUGCUGAUAGAGGCAAAGGCAAAUUGUCAGAAGCGUGGCGUGAUAUCGCCUGCCUCGCCUGCCUUACAUUUGGCUGCUUACAGCAACAAUGUUCAGGGGAUGCGUCUUCUUUUCCAAGCUGGCUGGGAUCCCACAAGCGAGUUAGACGCCUUUGGCUCCCGAACAACUUAUUCUGCCUGCGAUGCAGGUUCGUUGGCAGCCUUGGAGGAACUAAUUCGCCGAGGUGAACCUCUGUCACUACUCCUCCACGUAUGUGCUGUAUCUAGCACAUGCUCGUCUCCACUCGCCCGCCGACUUAUUGACCUGAAGGCUGACAUAGAUGAACAGUGGAAGCAAUUCAUGACCCUUCCAGCACGACUUUUUGUGAGACUCCAAUCUCUUCGCUAUCGAUUUGGGACAGACACAGCUCUGACACGACAGUGCUAUCACUUCAAUGGCUCAACACCUCUGAUGCUGGCGCUUCUUUCUGGCAACUUUGAGAUUGCCAUGAUACUCCUCCGUGAGGGAGCUCGCUUAGAUCUCCGAAACGCGCAGAGUUUCUCGGCUCUGGAUCUGGCAUAUGGAGCCCCGGAUCCUCUCCAAGAGAUCUUGAGGGGCGACUCCAUCUACAACCGAAUUUGACUAAAGAAAAAUUAUCUAUGUAUUGUUGUGUUUGCUGGGUGACCCCUAUUUUGGUAAAGCGAAACAAUAUAUUUGAAGAGGGAAGUCAGGCGAAGAAAUAUGAAUGGUAAUGGUUGACUCUGU